UAAAUAAAAUAAAAUGCUUUUCGUUCUUGACACCAUGGUAAGUGCAGCAGCAGACACUACUCCAAUUAGUGCUUCUUCAUUUUUUGGUUUUAUGGGAGUCACAAUGGCUUUAGUGUUGGCAAGUAUGAAUAUAAGGAUUUACUCUUUUAGAUUUGGGUGCAGGUUAUGGAACAUUCAAGGCAGGUGCUGGUAUAGCAGCCAUAGGUAUUUGGAAACCUGAGAUAAUUAUGAAAUCAUUGAUCCCAGUAGUUAUGGCAGGUAUUUUGGGUAUUUAUGGUAUGAUCGUCGCAGUUUUGCUGUCAUAAAAAGGUAUGUGUGAGAUUUGUAACACAAAAUAGUGAAAAACCCUCUGGAAUACUCAUAUAAGUCUGGAUUUGCACAUAUGGCAUCGGGAUUAUGUUGUGGUUGCAGUUGUAUAGCAGCUGGUUUUGCAAUUGGUAUUGUGGGAGAUGUCGGUGUUAGAGGGAAUGCACAAUAGGAGAGAUUGUUUGUUGGAUUGAUUUUGAUUCUCAUUUUCGCAGAGGCUUUGGCAUUAUAUGGUUUAAUUGUAUCCUUGAUCUUAUCACAAUCAUGAGUUUGAAGGUAUCAUAAUAUAUUAUGAAAUAAA